AUGGUCCAGCAUGUCAAGUUUGAAAGAAAAAAGGUCAAAGUCAGAAGAUUUCUGUUUUGUUCAUUUUACAAAGGAGUGUCGGCAGUUGGGAAACAAGGCACGGAGCGCGCCCCACCUGUGCGUGACGACACAAGUACAGGGUGCUUGGACCGCUGUGCAGGCGCCACAAUCGGCAGUGCCGGAGUGGACCUGGCAACAACAGUAGACGUGACAUUAACAACUUCAGAGGUUCAAUUAAUUGAUUCUGAUCAGCAAGGACCUUUAGGGCAUGGGUUGAGUGCAUUACUUAUAGGCCGUUCUUCGGUAUCUUGGAAAGGCAUAUUUAUAGUGCCAGGACUCAUUGAUGCAGAUUAUUGUGGAACAAUAAAGAUUAUGGUGUACAUGCUGACCCCACCCCUUACCAUACCAGCGCAAUCAAAAAUAACACAAUUGGUACCGUUUCGCACAUGUGUUCCUAAGGCACAAUUGGUCAUACGUGGCCAAGGAGGCUUUGGGUCCACCGGUGUGCCAAACAUGUUAUUAGUGAUUGAUAUCGCCAGGGGAAAGCCAGAAGAAAAAGUAACAAUUAAACACCAAAACGGGCAAUCUUGGCGCUGUCGAUGCUAAUUGAGAUGGGGGCAGAUGUAACCAUCAUUCCUGCAACAAA